UUUGGCCAAGCUACUCAACCUAACACUUUCAAAUCACAAACAAAAAUAUAUUUUUUUUUCUUUCACUACCACCACAUAAACCAAUCACUAAUGGAGACGCCAACUUUGGCCGCCUACGCGGUUGCGUGGCUAGUGGCUAUAGCCUUAGUACUCCUUACAAACCACCUUCGCCGUAGUAAACUCAAUCUACCACCAGGCCCAAAACCAUGGCCCAUUAUCGGAAACUUUAACCUUAUUGGGUCACUCCCUCACCGUUCCCUACAUGAGCUCUCUAAGAAAUAUGGGCCUUUAAUGAUGCUUAAAUUUGGGUCAGUCCCACUGUUAGUGGGCUCAUCAGUUGAUAUGGCAAAAUUAUUUCUUAAGACUCAUGAUGUAAUUUUUGCUGGGAGGCCCAAAACCUCAGCAGGAAAGUUAACCACUUAUAACUACUCCGAUAUAACAUGGUCUCAAUACGGUCCAUACUGGCGCCAAGCGCGAAAGAUGUGCUUGAUGGAGCUCUUUAGUGUUAAGAGGCUCGAAUCGUACGAGUACAUACGUGUAGAAGAGCUCAAUUCCGUGUUAAAAGGUAUAUUUAACACAAAUGGUGAGCCCAUUGUGUUAAAAGAUCACCUUUCAACUUUGAGCUUAAACGUGAUUAGUAGGAUGGUGUUAGGUAAAAGGUACCUAGACAAAAAUGAAGAGAAACCGAUCAUUACACCGGACGAAUUCAAGUUGAUGCUUGAUGAGUUGUUCUUACUAAAUGGGGUGUUUAAUCUUGGUGAUUGGAUCCCUUGUUUGAAGUAUGUUGAUGUACAAGGUUAUGUGAAAAGAAUGAAGGUUUUGGCUAAAAAAUUUGAUCGAUUUAUGGAGCAUGUGUUAGAUGAACAUAAUGCUAGAAGAGAAAAGGAGAAGGAAAAUUGGGUGGCUAAAGAUAUGGUGGAUGUUUUGUUACAACUUGCUGAUGAUCCAAAUAAUGAAGUCAAACUUGAAAGAAUUGGAGUCAAGGCAUUUAGUCAGGAUUUAAUUGCUGGAGGCACAGAGAGCUCAACGGUAACAGUAGAGUGGGCAAUAUCAGAACUUGUACGAAAGCCAGACGCAUUAGCCAAAGCAACAGAAGAGCUUGAUCGCGUAGUUGGAAGAGAGAGAUGGGUUGAAGAGAAAGACAUACCAAACUUACCCUACAUUCGCAAUAUAGUAAAAGAAACAAUGCGAUUGCACCCAGUUGCACCUAUGCUCGUACCACGAAUGUCAAGGGAACCAGUUCAAAUUGACGGGUACGAUAUACCCGUAGGCUCUCUAGUACUUGUGAAUACUUUCACUAUACAAAGAGACCCUAAAGUGUAUGAAAGGCCAGAAGAGUUUUGUCCCGAAAGAUUUAUUGGAAAGAACAUAGAAGUUAAAGGCCACGAUUUCGAGUUAUUGCCUUUCGGGUCAGGGCGAAGGAUGUGUCCAGGGUAUAGUCUUGGCCUUAAAAUCAUUGAGGCAAGUUUGGCUAAUAUUCUUCAGGGAUUUACAUGGAAAUUACCGGAUAACAUAAAACCCGAAGAUUUGGACAUGGAUGAGAUUUUCGGUCUCUCAAACCCUAAGAAAAUUCCUCUUGUUGCUUGUGCUGAACCUCGACUUCCUCUUCAUAUGUAUCAAUAUUAAGGUCAUAUGUAUACCUAUGUUGUGUGCUUAUUAUCGUCUUAAUUAAACCUAGGUAUUUUCCUUUCCUUAAUGUAAGUUAUAAUACUUAGUCAUAACGAUUGGCAAUAAUAUAAUCAGCUCAAUUUCUUAGCUAAAUAAGAAAUAUAUGAAUUGUUUACAA